AUGAAGGGCAAGGAAGAGGUCAUCUCCGAGUUCAACGAGUACGUCAACAUGACGGCCGAGGAGCUCGAGACAUGGCUCAAGUCGGGCGACUCGAACAGCGCCGGCUGGCCCAAGGACGAUGCCGAGGGAGACGGAGAGACCGUUGGGCACGACAGUGGGCGCAAGAUUGUGGAGAUUCUCAAGAAGAACCCGGAAAAGAAGGAAGACAAGUACACGGAUGAGCAGGUCGAACACAUGCGUAAGGUGGUCGCGUACUGCAAGCGUCACCUGGCCCAAGAAACCAAGUCGAACAGCGAAAAGUCCCCCGAGGAGGUGAAGGAGACCAAGUCAUACGCCUCGUUGAAGAACUGGGGCCACGACUUCCUGAAGGCACAAGGCAAGGAUGGCGGCGAGCAGAACGGAAAGUCGUCCAAGGGCGAUGAGAAGAAGGCCGAGUCCAAUGGAUCCAAGAAGGAGUCGAACGGUAGCAAGAAGGCUGAGAAGACCGACGAUCAUAAGGAAGAGGAAGAGGAGGUUGAGGAUGAGGGGGAAGAGAAGGCCGGCGACAAGCGCAAGAAGUCCACCGAGGAGAACGGAUCUGAGGAGAAUGGAUCGAACAAGAAGCGGCAAACUCGCCAGGGCGAGGGCAAGUCUGCUAAGAAGUCCGAUGAGAACGGAGAUGAUGAGAAAGAGGAAGAGGCCGAGGCCGAGGGUGGUGACGAAGAUGGCGACGAGGAGAUGGAGGACGACGGUGAAGAGGGUGAUGAUAAGGAGAAUGGCAGCGGCAAGACAACCAAGAAGGGACCGAAGAAGGGUGAUACCGUUAGUUGGAACUGGGGCAAUGGGCAGCCUGAGGGCAAGGUGCUCGACGUCAAGGAAGAGAAGACAACCAUCGAGACGAAGCGCGGAAACGAGGUGUCGCGCGACGGAAACCCUGACGACCCGGCAGUGGUAUUGGACACCGGAAAAUCGAAGGCCAUCAAGUCGAACCAUGAGUUGAACUAA